GGGAAGAACGGAAUCCGAAGAAUCUGUCAAGUUUGCUAAAAAAAAUGUCAACUCCUGACGUUCAGAGGAUUGAACAAUCGUCUGAAGGAGACACAUCAUUAGAUCAGUCAGCUGAUCUGUCACAAGAAAAUCUUGACCUGUCUAUUGACCAGUCGGAAAUUAUUUUGGAACAGCCUGCUAAACCACCCCACCAGAAUACGGUGAGAAAUUUAAAUCUAAAUGGCCAUGUGGGCUUUGACAGUCUACCUGACCAACUGGUCAACAAAUCGGUGGCUCAGGGCUUCUGUUUCAACAUCCUCUGUCUUGGUGAGACAGGCAUUGGAAAGUCUACUUUAAUGGAUACUCUCUUUAACACUCACUUUGACUCAACUCCAAGCACUCAUGACCUCCCAGGGGUCAAACUAAAGGCCAGCACCUAUGAAUUACAAGAGAGCAACGUCAGGUUAAAGUUGACAGUUGUUGAUAGUGUGGGGUUUGGGGACCAAAUUAACAAAGAAGACAGUUGGAAGCCCAUUGUAGACUAUAUUGAUGCCCAGUUUGAUAACUUCCUGAGUGAAGAGUUGAAAAUAAAGAGAUCCCUUCAUAACUAUCAUGACACUAGGAUCCAUGCCUGUCUGUACUUUGUGGCUCCCACUGGACACUCAUUGAAGGCCUUGGAUCUUGUCACCAUGAAGAAACUUGACAACAAAGUUAACAUUAUCCCAACCAUAGCUAAGGCUGAUACUAUCACAAAGGCUGAGUUGCAGAAAUUUAAGGCAAAGAUCAUGAAUGAGCUGAGUUCUAAUGGUGUCCAGAUAUAUAGCUUCCCUGUAGAUGAUGAAACAGUGGCAGAGGCAAACAAAGUCAUGAAUGGUCAUGUUCCAUUUGCUGUGGUCGGAAGCAGUGAUGAGGUCAAAAUAGGUAAUAAGAUGGUCAAAGCCAGGCAGUAUCCAUGGGGAACAGUUCAAGUUGAGAAUGAAAACCACUGUGACUUUGUGAAGCUGAGGGAGAUGUUGAUUAGAACUAACAUGGAGGACAUGAGAGAAACCACACACAGCAAACACUACGAACUCUUCCGCAAGAACAAACUGCAGGAAAUGGGAUUCUCAGAAAACGAAUCCAAAAGUUUAUCGGAGACAUAUGAGUUGAAGAGACAGCAGCACUUGGCAGAUUUACAGAGAAAGGAGGAUGAAAUGAGACAAACAUUUGUCAUACGAGUCAAAGAGAAGGAAGCUCAACUUAAAGAAACAGAGAAAGAGUUACAUGACAGAUUUGAUGCUCUGAAGAAGAAACAUGCUGAUGAGAAAAAGAAAAUUGAGGACAACAAGGCACGGUAUGAGAAUGAAAUGGCAGCAUUUCAGCAGCGUAAAGCUCAGCAUCAGGCUCAGAUGUCAACACUUGGAAAGAAGGGAAAGAAGUGAAACUCAUACUACAUGCCUUAAUCAUCCACAGUGCUGUGCAGUUUAACAUGGAUUAAAAUUUUCUCCACCUAGAAGCAAUUUUUUUUUUCGUUUAUUCUUGAAUCUCCUUCUUAAUGUCUUUAUCCCUCAUUUUCCCUUCAGAAGGGACCAAUUAUGUUUAAGGUUAUUGCACCAGUAUUAAUAUGUAAAAAUUGCCCAAUUACAUUUCAAAAGGGGCUUCCAUUUUCUAUUUCCACACAUUUGUAAUAUGUUUUUCAUAGACUUAUUUUACAUGGAUUGUAAAACACUGAACAGUAUGUCAUAUUUCUUGAUCAAAUCAAGAGAUUAAAAAAAAUUGAAACAAUUGUCAUAAUUCGUAAGAGCUGUAGAUCAUACAGAAAUACCUGAUUUAAUUUAGCUAGAAAUGGACCAGAGAUGGACUGAUAUGUAGCUUUUAUGUUUCGUGUUGUUGGUUGUACUUAGUAAAUGUAUUUACUAGUGUUUAUGUAACCAAUAGUGUUCUGUAAAAACUGCAUGUUUCAUUUCGACCACUGCCAAAUCAAUACCAAAUAUCAAACUUCCUUAUUUCAUUAUAAGAAUACCAUAUAUAUUUAUGAAUAUGUAAUGACAGUUUUUGUUAUUUGUAUACUUUUAUAUGCUUGCCUUAAUGCCUUUAAUGGAGUAACUGACUACUUAAUUUUCAUCAUUGUUUUCUGAUUAAGUGCUGUUCUUUUAUGAUUUUUUUAAUGAUUAAUUUUCUAGUAUUGAGUUACCACUUUGUUUCUUGCACAAAAAUUUGAAUUGAAUCAAAGAGAAAUCCUUCAAAAAUUAUCUAGUCAGCAUUAUUGGGAAUAAAUGAUGAAAUAGAAA